CCAUGUGGGUGUUCGGCUACGGCUCCCUCAUCUGGAAGGUGGAUUUCCCUUACCAGGAGAAGCUGGUGGGGCGCAUCCGCGGCUACAGCCGGCGCUUCUGGCAGGGCAGCACCGACCACCGCGGGGUGCCGGGCAAGCCUGGAAGAGUUGUGACCCUGGUUGAAGAUGCUGAGGGCUGCGUGUGGGGCGUGGCCUACAGGCUGCCGGCGGGCAAGGAAGGAGAAGUGAAGUCCUACCUGGAUUUCCGGGAGAAGGGAGGCUACAGGACCAUCACGGUGAUCUUCUACCCCAAGGACGCGGCGCUGCAGCCCUUCGACGUGCUGCUGUACAUCGGCACCCGCGACAACCCCAACUACCUGGGCCCCGCCCCGCUGGAGGACAUCGCCCGGCAGAUCCUGGGCGCCGCCGGGCCCAGCGGCAGGAACACCGAGUACCUCUUCGAGCUGGCCAACUCCGUCAGGAACCUCGCCCCGGAGGAUGGCGAUGAGCACCUCUUCUCCCUGGAGACGCUGGUCAAGGAGCUCCUGAGCAAGCACCAGAACCUCAACUGUCUAUAAAGUGCUUGGCAAGCCGGCUCUGCCUCGGGAGGAGAGGUUUUUGUUGGGAGGGGUGUUCCUCUGAUGAGUGCUGCGUUCAGAAUUGGGAGUUGGUUACUGCCAAAAUAAUUUCUUUCAGGAGUCCAGGAAAAAGCCAGCAAGGAGAGCAUUCUGGGUUUGAAUUGGGUAUCUGAGCUUUUAAUCCUCAAGACAGCCACUUAAACUUCUCUUUACAUUUUCUUAUUAUUUCAGGUUUGAAAUGAAUCCUUAGGAUAUUUUUGAGGUCAAAAUAAGCACAAAGAGACAAGUUCCAUAGAUUUAAGUGAUAAUUUGCUCUGAUUCCAGACCACGAGGCAGGAAUUUUAAGUGGCUGGCCUAAAUUGCAUAGUAUAGAACAUUUAUACCAACAUUCAGCUCCUCUGAAAUGAAGUUACACCACUGAAUUUAUCAUCUCAUCCUCUAUACAUUAAUUUAUCCCCUUAAGUGAUUUAAGUUUUGAUUCCAGACCACAAGGCAGGAAUUUUAAGUGGUUGGCCUAAAUUGUGUAGUAGAACAUUUAUAUCAACACUCAGCUCCUCUGAAAUGAAGUUACACCACUGAAUCAGUCAUCUCACCCUUUUUAUAUUAAUUUAUUCUUAAAAUGCAGAGAAUAAACCAUUUUAUUUUAAAGGAAAUCAUUCCUUCCCUUGGCUGCUGCUGUCAAGCCCUGAAAACCAAAGCUCUGGGCACCCUGACUCAAGCCAUAAACUAUCAGUGCCUCAUUUUAAUUUUUAAUCCUAAUAUAAAGAAUAACCCCAAAAUAUUAAAAUCAACUAAGAGCAUGACUUGAAGUCACAACACAGCAGAAAGAGAAAUUCUCAUCUCUGUUUUGAGGUGCUGUUGUGGCCCCUUCUCUUCAAAAAUCCCAGCUGCAAGGAUAAAUUUGAGUUUCAGGAAUUCACCCCCAGAAGGUAAUUAAGGAAAAACCCUUUUUCCAGUAACCUUAGGGGUGUGUAUGGACAUCCCAGGAGGACUGGAAGCCCCCAGUUUAGGCUGGUGGGAUUCCUGAUGCACUGUGUCAGCACACAGAGUAUCUGUCCCAACAUGGAUUUGGCUCAAAACUUUUAUUUUUAUUACUUUUAACCGAGUAUAUUUUUAUAUCUUUAUAUCAAAGGUCCUGUUUUCCCAUCCAGGGAAUGUCUAAGUGUUUUAGUAGCAGCCUGGAUUCUGCAUCAGUAAUUGCAGAAAAAGUCUGGUUUUCCCUUAAAAAGUUUGACCUUUUCUGUUCUUUACAUCAUGCUGGUUUAUAUUUGUAAAGGUAAAAAUGUACAAUGGCACCCUCUGCUUUCUUGAGAAUUCUUCUUAGAUUUAAAAGUUCUUUCCUCAAAGACUUACCCUUGUUCUUUAAAACAGGGCAAGGGAUGCUUGUGCUCAGUCAUGACCCAGAACCAUCAGGGCUGAUUCUCUCUUUAAAAUGCUAAUUAUUUAAGUACUGUGAUUCUGCUCCACAUUCUCUAUCUUUAAUUGUCUCCAAGCCUUUGUUGGUUCACUUGCUUCCCAAAUCCAUAAACCAUUGCAAUAAUACAUAUUCCUGUGUGUGUGUGUACAACUUCAGUGCAAUAAAAAUGCAUUGCAGUGACUGAGGGGGGUGGAAAUUUCCAGAAAUGAUGUGUUUAAAGCGUGUCUGUGUGAGGUGUGCUCAUUUUGCCUCGCUGUAAAAUUGAUGUUGGGCUGAGAAUGACUAACAACACACGGGGGCUGCUACAAACUGUGGCACUUUAGGAAUUAAUUAAAGCAUGGAAAAUAUAAA